UUAGUUGUACGAAAAUGCGGGCAGCACUUGCACCGGUCCGAUGGCUGUUUGUGGCCGCCGUCAUUGUGCUCUGGUCCGUUCGGUGUGGCGUGGGUCGCAUGUCGAAUUCUAGAUUUACCAACCUCAAGUGCGAGUCGUACGAUGAUUCCUUUGCAAAGUUCUCGAGCUGCAAACUCAAACUACUCGGCAGGGGACGGGCUGGAGUCAAUAUACGCCUGGAAAUGUUUCAAUUGCCCAUCACAAAUGUGUGGAUGAAUUGGAGCAUCGAUCGCCGCUACAAUGGCUGGCGUCCAUUUCUCUACAAUGUCAGCAAGGAUUUCUGCCAGCUCAUGGAAAAUGUGAACAGUCUAUCCUUCGAAGGACUUGUCAUCAAUGCCAUUAUGACUCGAUCGAAUGUAAAUCACACCUGUCCCUACAAUCACGAGGUCAUUAUGGAUAAUUUGGAAUUUACAGACGAUUUUCUGCGAACUUUGCCCCUGCCGCAGGGUGACUACAAGAUACAACUGCGCUUUGCCACCAACAAAGUUUGGAAAUUGAAAGUGUCGGUGAUUUUCGCAAGAGAUGAACCAUAAAAGGAGCAGAUGGACCACUGCAAUUGGCUUCUGUAAAGGUUUGCAGCUAUUAUUCUAUACCUAAAACACCUUCACAA